CUCGCCCUCCCCCGCAUGCUCUGGGCUCUAGGGUGGCUGCAGCUCCUCUCUGACCUCUCCACCCCCUUUCGCGUCUUAAGCCGUCUGCCGGAGGGCAGGGCUCCCUUGCUCAGGGACGAUGACGUCACACCCCAGCCCCCCGCGCGCCCCUCACUGAGCGGCUGGUUGUGUCUCUGGCCAGACCCCACGCGCCCCCGGACCCCGAUCCCCGCGCUCGCUAUGGCCGGCGCCGAGGUCCUGAUGCUUCUCCUGCUGCUACACCCCGGGCUGCUGACGCUUGCCACAGGCGCCGGUGGGGACCCGUUCGCCCAGCAGCUGGGCCCCACCAGCUCGUGCCAGCUGCAGUGCCAGCUCUGGAAUCCUCACGCGGGGGCGGCGGUGCAGGAGGAGCUGUGGAACGCCUGCGCCCGGGGCUGCCGCCUCUUCGCCAUCUGCCGCUUUGUGGCGGCCAGCUCCGAGGCCAACGUCACUCUGGCCGAGUGUAGAGCAGCCUGUCUGCAGGCCUAUGACCAGGCUCUAGAACAGCUCGCAUGCACCGAGGGAUGCUUGAGGCAGAUGCCUGAUUCGCAGAGACCUUUAUUUCCACCUCUACCUUCACCUUCACCUUCCCCUCCACCUGGGCACUAUAAGAGACCAGUGCCUCCGCCUGACACCAUUUCAGUGAUGGAUGUCUUAUCCAAUCUGUGUAAUAAGUUGAUCAGCUCAGCCCAAAGCUUCAUCUCCUCCACUUGGACCUAUUACCUACAGGCAGACAAUGGGAAGAUGGUAGUUUUCCAGUCACAGCCUGAGAUGGAAGCACCUAUGCCAGAAACAAUUCAGAAGCAUGCCGAGGUCACCUCCCCAGUGGAUCUCCACUCAGGUCCUAAAGAGAAAAAAGUGAAAACUAAAGGCAAAGUGACCCAGGAGACCUCCACCGGGCCCCAGCCAGAACACGACUUCCUGGGCUGCAUGUCCAAGCGCUCUGGACUUCCCAAGUGGAUCCUGGCCUCCUGCCUCCUCUUUUCGGUGCUUGUCAUGCUGUGGCUCAGCUGUGCCAGUCUUGUGACGGCGCCAGACCAGCACAUCAAGAACCAGCCACUGAGCAUCUCUGGGGACAAGAAUUACCUGGAUGGCCUGGAGUGGCCCUUGGCUCCAGCUCCUGCCCCCAUGGUAGCUGUGGCUGUGGAGCCCCAGGAAGCUGGCUCCUUGCCCCUAAAGGUGGAGAUGGACCGUACGGCUCUGUGAAUCCCAGAGCACCCUGGAGAUGGAGUUGCCCCUUUCUGCAAACCUCAACCCACAGAACCCUCAGUGAUAAGGGGAGGAGAGAUUUGGGAUUCCCACCCCUCUGGGCCUCUAGGACAGCUCCCCACCCCCCCCCUCUGAUGCCUAGUGCCUCUGGGCCUGGCAAAGCCCCCCCACUGGACUCCAGGGAAUAAUCCCCAAAUAGUCCCCCUCUUCUCCAGUGCCUGUUACCCAGGGAUGUGUGGGUAUGAAGGGGGGGGGGGCGGUGCUUUGGUCUGAAUUGGGGUAGGGCUGAAAGGUCUUGGCUUUCUUCUCCCUUCCCCUGCCCCUCCCCUUUCACUCAUCCUACAUUACUCCCAGCCCAGUGUAGCUCAGCAUGUGAGUUUUGACCAGCCUUCCUCCCCUUCCCACCCCUAGCCACUCACCCAAAGGGCAUCUGGACACAGUUGAAGCGGAUUUCUCUUCCCAUUCCCUUCUCUUUUCCUUCUGCCCUAGAUUAAUUUAUUAUUAUUUAUUAACUUGGGAUCCUCAGCCCCUUCUGACUUGCUUUCUUCCCCGUUCUCUUGAGCUAGGCUUAGUUGGAGGAGGGGACGAGUUCUGGGGCACCUCUCCACCCCACCUUCCGGUCUCCACCAUUCAGUGACACCAGGCAGCUAGUUUGAGGCUGGCGGUGGAUGAGAGCAGUUGCUGGGGUGAGAGGAAUAAUAGGGAGUGAAUAAAAUCUUUAUGACUGACUUUUCGAGUCCAGAA